AUGGAUGCAUGCGUUUCCGUUGGCUCGACCAGCGACUGUCAACACCAGUUCGAAGGCCCGCUUGUACUACCACCAGACCUACUGCGAAACAAACUCUCCAUCCAGUCGCUACCAGCAGAGCUCUUAUCAGAAAUCCUCGUUCACGCUGCAGCGCUGGAUCCACCUCACCCGCCGAAACGCACGGUUCGUGUUGAGAUCGAUGGCGACGACGCUGCGUAUGGCCCGGAUGAUACCAGGACCAUCGAAGCUGAGGGAGAUGUGGGGCAAGCCGGGAACAAAGGCUUCUCCUCGCUUUCUCGCGAAGUCUGUCGAUACUGGGAAACUCUCGCUGUCAAGCACACGCCGAUCAUGUGGGCCAACGAAGUUGGAAAGCAUCCCGAAGGACUCGCCACUGUCAUAUCGCGCGCAGGACAGUGUCCUCUGACGCUGACUUUACAUGGAGCCAGUGACCGGGUCGACAUCGCACCUGUUUUCGAUUAUUUGAUAAAUCAUCCUGACGUCUCUCGCCGCGUGAAGCGAAUAUUCAUAUACGAGCACCGACGCAACGCAUUCACGAGGAGGUGGCUAGCUUCGAUCCGCCAAUGCGCUUUCGAAAACGUGUGCGAGAUUCAGAUCGUUGCCUAUGAAUCCGAACCCUUCACCGCAGACGGGACUCCUCUACCGUUUCCACAACUCCAAGGAUUGACAUCGUUGAAGUCCGUCGUGUUGACAGACAUCGGGCUGCAGUUCCCAGACAGUUGUCUGUCCACGCUCACGAUGAACGCGCGAGAUCCCGACUACGAUUACCAACCCGCAUACAGUCUGGAGAUCUACACGCUACUGUCUUCUCUGGAACAUUCUCCAUCAACUCUCGUCGAACUACACAUUGACUUUCCUGAGCUCUUCGAAGAAGACGAGUCACCGAUCGGUCCACCGACCGAAAGGGUGCGACUGGACAACCUCAGAAUUCUAAGAUAUACCGACAGGAGUCCAAAGUCCGACAUGACCAAUUCGGAGACUGUUACGCGGUUCAUCGACCAAGUCUCUUAUGGCAGCAAAACCAAAGUAUCCCUCUAUCUUGUCUUCGAAGAUUUGGAAUCCAUCCGCUCGGUAUCUUCCAUCAUUCACGCACUUUAUGGGGCCGGGACGCCAAACGCCUUUGGGGUUCAGAUCCUGUCAUCUGCCCACGACGAACUUCUUACGCUGGCUUUGUACCCGAUGCCGGAGGGCAAACUGGCAGAGGCCGCCAAAGACAAGCCGAACGAGAUCGAGACGUUUCUCGAUGCCAUAUUUGAACCAGACCAAGAGGGCAACGCUCGCCAUAUCUGCGACAUCGGCAUACAGUACCUCGAAGGACUCUCUGCCCAUUCUGUAGUUCAAGAGGCGCUGCACGAUAUCGAGGUUCACGCUUUGCAGGUAGUCUCAUCAGACAUCGACACGUAUACCGGAAUUCUUGUAUCGCUCCCAGAAGACACACCUUCACGCUGGAUAGAGGUCGGCGAGGACGAGCUCUGA